CGCAAUACCGUCGUCGGCUAGUUGCGCAGGAGCAGGCGUGAGCAGCGCGUCAGCGCAGGUAAAGAUACAUUUUUUCCCUUUCCCUUCGAUAAGAUGAACAGCGCGCGAUAACUCGUUCAAUUCGUGUAGUUCCGUGUGGGUGCAUUUCGUCGCGCGAUGCCCCGUGUGGCCGCCGGUUUUGUGAUCGCGAGAGAGACAACGACGAUGUGCCGCCCGAUGCCGGUGGACGAUCAUUAAAGUCCUGUGUGUCCUGUUCGACGUUUGUCCCUGACGUGGAUUACUUGAAGAGAGCGACAAGUGCGAGGACAGAUACGAGAGUGGACAACGAUAGACGAGUGGCAGGUCUGAUAAUACGGCGAUGGAUAGACUAACGAGAGGAUUCUGAGAGUUCAUAGCGAUACAUCACGUCGCAAGCCAUCCGGGCCCGAGUUUCACCGGACGAUGGAGGUUUGUCCAGCAAAUGGAUCCAGGAUAGAAGGUGCGUAAGAUCCGCGCAGAUCAGGAACGAGAUCCAGCAUGGGGAAGUGUUGCAGUAAACGGCAAGAGCCUCAACCGAUCGAUCAGGCGGUGCGUAAACAGGUCGAGAGAGUUUGUUACUUAAGAUUCGUACAAACAAAAGAUAUAUUUCUCAUCGGAUCGGUCCCCCCUUUGACGAGAGACGGAUUCUUCUCUCUGUUCAGGUUAUAAGAAGGCAGAGACGGGACUCAGCUCAAAGCACAGCAAUGGAGGUUCCUUGGACCGAUACACCGCCGACCCAAAUCAGAGAGGCGUGCAAGCUCGGGCGGAUAUUAUCCGACCGAGGCCAACACCCUGUAAGCUACAGAUAUCGCAUCAACAACCCCGUAAAACGAAUCCGCCUGUUAAAUCUGCAUCACACUCACAAAGAUCCAACAAGAUCGUGGUGGCUCUGUACAAUUACACAGCGCGAGAAAGCACCGACGUUAGUUUCGUGAAAGGUGAUCGAAUGGAGGUCCUCGACGAUUCCGAGCCGGAUUGGUGGAGAGUAUUGCAUCUGACGACUCUACAGGAAGGCCUGAUUCCUUGGAACUUCGUGGCCGUCGAACGAUCGGUUGAAAGCGAAGAUUGGUUCUUUGAAAAUGUGUCGCGCAAGGAAGCGGGCAAGCUACUACUGGUCGACGAGAAUCCUCGCGGUACAUUCUUGGUGAGGCCGAGCGAGCACAAUCCCCGGGGUUACAGCUUGUCGGUGAAAGACUGGGAAGAAGGAAGGGGCCAUCACGUGAAACAUUAUAAAAUUAAGCCACUCGACAAUGGCGGCUUCUUCAUCGCCACCAAUCAAACCUUCUCCAGCUUACCGGCUCUUGUUAUGGCGUACAGUAAAAAUGCAUUGGGCCUCUGUCACGUACUGUCAAAGCCCUGUCCAAAACCACAGCCAGAUAUGUGGGAUCUUGGGCCCGAGUUACGCGAUAAAUGGGAGAUCAAUAGGAACGAGAUACAGUUGAUCUCGGAACUGGGUAAUGGCAAUUUCGGCAAAGUUUAUUACGGCAAAUGGCGAAACAAGAUCGAAGUGGCAGUGAAGACAUUACGUCCGGGAACUAUGUCGACCGAGGCAUUUUUGCAAGAGGCUGCCAUAAUGAAGCAGUUCCGACAUAGGCAUCUAGUUGCAUUGUACGCGGUCUGCUCAAAGGAAGAGCCCAUCUACAUUGUGCAAGAAUACAUGUGCAACGGUAGCCUAUUGGACUUUCUUCGGAAGGGAGAUGGCAAAUACAUGCAGUUUGAGGAUUUGAUAUACAUCGCAGCUCAGGUGGCCUCCGGUAUGGAAUAUCUUGAGAGCAAGCAGCUCAUACAUAGGGAUCUUGCAGCGAGAAACGUGCUGAUCGGCGAAAAGAAUAAGGCAAAGAUUUGCGACUUUGGUCUCGCCAGGGUAAUCGAGGAUGACGAGUACUGUCCAAAGCAGGGCAGCAGAUUUCCUGUCAAAUGGACUGCACCAGAAGCUAUUGUCUAUGGUAGGUUUAGCAUCAAGAGUGACGUCUGGUCGUACGGAAUCUUGCUGAUGGAGCUUUUCACUUACGGACAAGUUCCUUAUCCCGGUAUGCAUGGUCGCGAAGUGAUUGAGCAAGUGGACAAGGGCUAUCGUAUGCCGAAACCGUUAAACCAUCCGCUGCCUGACAGCAUCUAUCGAUUGAUGCUACAGUGCUGGGAUGCCAGCCCUGAGAAGCGACCCACGUUCGAGUUCCUGAAUCAUUACUUCGAGUCGUUUAAUGUCACUAGCGAAAUACCGUAUCUCGAACCGCCGACGGACUGAUAUACAGCCCAUCAAUAUAUGCAAAACCAUCAUUUGCCGCCACACGGUCACUUUCAUCCAGCCCACAUCAAUUGUGCCAUGGAAUUUUAUGGUAUUUACUGCUAAGUAAAUUAUUUAGCGCGUAUCUCGUUGCCCUUAUUAAAAACUUCGCGCAUUGGCUGUAUCGUUCUCACAGAGAGAAAAGACUAGUGGGAAAAUCUUCCUCGCAAUACCACCCCGCAUCAUGGUCGCGAGUGGCAUUUUUUCGACUGCGAAAUUUUUCUACCGACAUAUUUUUUGACCAAUCCUCACAAAAAACAGUGCCGCGAACUCACUAAACUAUCACUGUCAAAUGCUGCCGAAAAUUCCAUCGUGAUCCCAUUUUUUCCUCCCUUGUCCUUUAUGUGUCCUUAGUGUAAACAUUAGCACUAGAAAAUGUCAAAUGGAUUGCAAGUUGAAUAUGCUACGGUAUUUUUGUACCGUUUGCAGGAAUAAAUUAAGGAAAUUGAAGAUUCUAAUCUUUACGACCAAUCAGGCAUUAACUAUAAUACUUAGAAACGAAAAACGCAAUCUUAAGAUCGCGGGAAAAAAUCCUAGAAUCGUUGACGGAACACCUGCCUCCUCUUUUUCCUCUCGAAAACCUGCGAUCAUUUACUUAAUGUGUUUUCAUACUUUUGACGAGCAACCACAAUAAAGACAUUAGCAAUACCGAUAAAUUUAAACGGUAUUAGAGAGUAACGUGAUAUAUAAGUUUGCAGAUGAAAUUCGAAAUUAUAGAUUAUACAAUAUAAUCGUAUGUUAGUAUGUAUGAUUACGAGAUAUAUAUAAAAUGAGAAGAGUGUAUGCGCGCGCGCGCGUGUGUGUAUUUGCGUGUAUUGUGAACGUGACUUGUCGUACGAGAAUACAUUGUAUUUUAUUGAUCUCGGAUCAUCCGAUUCA